CUCUCUUCAUCCAAAAACUUGCCAUCUUCAACUCAACUAGACGCAACCGAGCUCAUCAAGAUGCUGUCAACUCUUCUCGUCCUCCUCUCGGCCACUGCAGGUCUCGCCAUGCCUCAGCCUGUCUCUAGUUCCACGCAUGGGCUACACCAACGCAACUUUACUAUCGUGUCACCGGAUUGCCUUCGCAAUUGUACAAAAGGCUGUGAAAGCGAGGUCUGCGGCAUGCUGUGCACCAUCAAGUGUCCCCCGCAAAAGAAGCGAGCCGACCUUUCGGCAGAGCUUGUGGAGGUGGAGAUUGUGCGGAGGGCGGGAGAGGAUGACGGCCAGGAAGCUCAAGAAUUUGCCGUGGUGGCCAUGGAAUAG